AUGGAUUCACGGCAUACACCUGGAAAGAUAAGUAUCUCUGAAAGGUUCAUCCUUUCGGGAACAAAGGCUGUUGAGAAUAGAGAUUACCCACACUACUGUCAUCUCUUAAGAAAAAUGAACAUGCCUUUUGUGAAAGGAGUUGAGGACAGACAUGACUAUGGCAGAAUUGAAAAGAAAUGCAACCCUACUUUUCUUAAAUUUCACCCUUAUCCCCCUUCAGUUCUGCCAGACUAUCAUUUACACUAUCCUUAUCCCCCGCCAUAUGGCCCAGAUUAUCCAUUAUUCCCACUUCGGGAUGAUGUACCCUUAGGUGAUUCUUGUUCAGGAUUUUUGAGUCCUGGUGGUGAUGCUGAUUUAAAGCCUGGCAUUGGCAGAACCAUACCGAGCCUGGUGGAUUUCAGUGAUGUGAAACCUCAACAUAGAGUUCCCAGGCCAGACACAGGAUUUCAAACGACACUUAAAAGGCAAAAAAUAUUAUUAGAAGAACUAAAACAGGACAGGAGGUGGAAUUCCAGGGCAAUACCAGACAUUUCCAUCAGAGCAAGACUUGGAGGUUGGACAAGCCCACUGAAAGUUACUCCUUUACAACCUCAUCAUGAAGGAUGCUCAGUAAAUCACACAUAUACAUUUGAUGAGGAAGCAACAUGUACAGACAAUGAAGAACCACUUUCACAACCAAACAAGAAACACAAUGCAAAGGACUCAUUUUACAAGUCCUCUACACAAAAAGCUUAUGAAGUUGUUCCUUGGGACAAGAUGCUACCACCAAAACUCAGUCCAGAAGAAACAACAGUGGAAAAAGCUGCUGACCUCAUCUCGCAGUGUUUUACACUGAAGAGAUACGAAAGCAUGCCAGCAAUAACUCAGAUGGUUGGUGGACUCUGGGACAGAUUUCAAACAAGAUCUUUCUUGGCACCAGUCAAACCAGUUAAUUUUGUGAGUCCAAGUUCUAGAAGCAGAUACAUUCCUCUCUAUACUGGUUAUGUGCAGUCUACAAAUGCUGAUGACAUUGACAACCCCUAUGGAGACAUCACAUCUCUAGCCAACCCUCGGAGGUCUAAAAUUCUUUAUACAAACACAAGUCGCUCUGCAAAUAUUCCAGGAUACACUGGUAAGGUUCAUUUCACAGCCACCCACCCAGCAAAUUCUGAUGUUCCAUCAACAACCCCAUCGCCAGAUUCAGAAGUGCACCACAUCUUACGAAAAGAAAUGGAAGUUGACCUCUUCCGUCACCAGGCACCAUUGUCUCAAAUGGUCACAACUGUAAAACCCUACAACCCCUUCAAUAAGAAGGAAAAGGAAACCGUAGGCUACUGA